UUGUGAAAACCUUGAGGCACCAAGCGUCAGAGCUCAGUGUGUUGAAGUAGCCGCUAGUUCAGCCAUGCUCCAGACAGAGCUCCAGCUCUAACCCCUAACCCCAGCCUCACUGAGCCCACAGAGAGGAGAUUUUGCUGGGCAGCAGGCUGCAGACAGAAGGCCUCUGGACUCUGGCUCUCUAGGAGGGGGACCGGUUGAGAUCCCAGGACAGAGGGAGUAGAGUGGGUGAGAGAGCCAGAGAUGAACCCCUGUGUGAGAUGGGAGAUAUGCACAUGAGCAGAGCUUGAGGAGGGGACUGAACCGGAGCACGAGGCUCUCUGAGCACUGCCUGACUAACGACACACACAUACAUCUGCAGGACACACUCUCUUACAAACAAACACACAAAGGGAAGCAUAGAGGAAGUCCAAGAGGCAUCCAGCUAGCCAGUAGAAGAAGACCAUGCAGGGUGUGGUUGGGGUGAGACGGGGGGUGUCGUGGAGCCUGUGUGGCCUGCUCUGCCUCUGUCUCUGGGGGCUGAGCCAGUGCAGCGGUUCCAGACAGGCCAGAGAGACCAGGGACCAGCCCAGGGACCAUCCCAUGCUCAGGGCCAAACGAGCUCCUGCUGAUGAUGUCAAGAAGUGCUCCUACACCUUCCUCAUUCCCGAGCAGAAGAUCACAGGCCCCGUCUGUGCCAGCGCCACGGGCCCAGAGCCGGACAAAGAGCGUGUGACGCGGAUCGACAUAGCUGACGUGAGAGAGGUGCUGUCCAAGCAGAGACGGGAGAUUGAGACCAUGCAGCUGGUGGUGGACGUGGACGGCAACAUGGUGAACGAGAUGAAGCUGCUGAGGAAAGAGAGCAGGAACAUGAACUCCAGGGUGACCCAGCUUUACAUGCAGCUGCUGCACGAGAUCAUCAGGAAGAGGGACAACUCCCUGGAGCUGGCCCAGCUGGAGACCCGGGUUCUCAACGUCACCUCAGAGAUGCUGAGACUGGCUUCACGCUACAAGGAGCUGGAGGGGCGUUUCGCAUUGAUGGCAGGGUUGGUGAACAACCAGUCGGUGCUGAUCGCUGCGUUGGAGGAGCAGUGUCUGCGGACCCUGGGGCAUAGUGAACUACCUGUGGUCCCCCCGCUGGUCCAGGUGGUGCCAGAGAGUAUCCCCGUCAACAGCCGCUUUACCAACGAGAUACAGAGGGACCAUAACAACCGAGCCUUCCCACGGGGGUCACGCAUGGACUCCCCCACUGCCUCCCCAUUUGCACUCAAUCCGCCGCCACCGCAGGGCACGCUCACCUCAGACGGUCCGUUUAAGGAUUGUUACCAGGUGCGCCAGGCGGGCCACAGCACCAGUGGGAUGUACCUGCUUAAGUCAGAGGGCAGUGACCGGUUGAUCCAGGCCUGGUGUGAACACGGCCUAGACAACGGAGGCUGGACUGUGCUACAGAGGAGGAAGGAUGGAUCGGUCAACUUCUUCAGGAACUGGGAGAACUACAAGAAAGGCUUUGGGAACAUUGACAGUGAGUACUGGCUGGGUCUGGAGAACAUCUAUAACCUAGGGAAGCAGGGGGACUACAGGCUGCUGGUAGAGCUGGAGGACUGGGUGGGAAAGAAGGUGUAUGCCGAGUACAGCAGCUUUCACCUGGAGCCUGAGAGUGAGGGGUACCGCCUGAGACUGGGCACCUACCAGGGAAACGCUGGAGACUCCCUCAGCAGCCACAAUGGGAAAAUGUUCACCACGCUGGACAGGGACAAGGACGCUUUCUCAGGUAACUGUGCUCACUUCCACAAGGGUGGCUGGUGGUACAACGCCUGUGGCCAGACCAACCUGAACGGAGUAUGGUACAGCGGAGGGGUUUACCGCAGUAAGUUCCAGGAUGGAAUCUUCUGGGCCGAGUAUGGAGGAGGGUUCUACUCCCUCAAGUCUGUCCGCAUGAUGAUCCGACCUAUCGAUUGAGCCUGGAACAGGCUCCAUCUCCCUACCUCCACCUUUGACCCAUCAUGACCCCUACCCUACCCCUCCCACUCCUGACCCCUCUCAGCUUCUCUACCAAGCUACCCUUCAUCUCCACACUCCAUUCCAUCCUUCCAUUCUCAAGUGGAGAAGAGGAUUGGAUUUCAACAGUCAAUGCCCAAAAUGGAAACCCUGGUUAUGUUUGACCGUCUCUCUCUAACAUAGCCAGAUAGUGCUGUGACAGAUGGCAGUGGACAGCCAGAGUAUGGACUCGAACACAGAGCUAGCAGCCACUGCCUUCUACAACAGUCUAUAUAUACAGUAUGCUACUUCACCAUGUCACAGUUCAAUACACUAUGAAGGUGAUUACUUUAGGAAUUUGAGAUGACUUACAGCCUAAAUGCUACUGGAAAAAAAUAUUGUUCAUUUUGUUGUUCUGUUUUGCUCAUCUCCAGCGGGUUUGUUGCUAAGUGAGUGUCUUUCUUCACAGCGUAAUAAGGAUUUAAUUACAAGUUCCUUAUGUCAUCGGUUAAAAUCAAAAUGAGAAUGUACCACAGUCAAAAGGGGUUGAGAGGCACGCGCCUCCCCCCAGGCAUACAGGACUUGGUAUGGUCUUCAUGUACAUAUUACUCUGUUGUUUUGUUUGGGCUUGUUGUUUCGGGGUUCCCACAAGCACUGAGCGGAAAUGGACUCUAACAAUGUGCUUUGUGACGUGGGAAUGGCCUAACUCGCUUUGGCAUGUAAAUAUAUUGGGCUUUAUUUGUGAGAGUUAAUUUAAGACGUAUGAAUCUGCUCAAGCCAAAUGUUUCCUCCAUGGUCUCCCUGACAUCUCUCACUUCUGUUAUUUAUCAACAUAUUUAUAAUGAGUAUAGUUAUAGUCACUCCCUGCUCUAUUUAGCCCCAGUAUGGCCAUUCUGUUUAUUCCUGUUAAGGGUCACACACACAAGCACACACACACUAGAGAACAACCGAUAAUCAGCUGAGGCGAUAUAUUGGGCCGAUAUUGGCUGUUUCUAGUCUAAUCGGCUAUUGGCCCUUCUCUAACGACUUUGCAGAUAGUCCCUCUACAUAGCAAAGCUGCUGCUAUGCCAGCCACCACUCAACGCCUCAGCCACGAGCACUGCACAAUGCCAAGGAAUGUCUAGCUGGGAAAAAUCAGCAGCAGUAAGCAGCAAGCUAGCUCAUUCUCCAACAGAAAUGUGUAGUAUUAAGAAACUGAUUAAUUGACACAAUGGAUGAAUUAACUCCCGUGGCAAAUAUUAGUUGAGUUAAUUCACUAAUAAUUAGGCUUGUGUCAAUGUGCCCGGACAUGCAUGCAAUAAGCAAGCUAGCUAUGUGACCUGUUAUCAAAGAUCACAACUAAACAUUUCAUCUGUGGUGUUAGCUAGCUAGCUAGAUAAAAAUGUAGCUAAGAUAACAAAUAGGAGCUAAUAGCCAAUGUAACUAGCUAGAUGUCAUUUAGCUGGUUAUCAGUUUGAACACGCACCAUUUUCUGCAACGAACCAUCUGACUUGUAAUUGUGUUACGCAGUUAGAUUGGUAAAAACUAUGUCAAAAGUAUUGUUUGAUUUUUAAAUGAAUGCAUACACGGCUGUCUCUGGGAAAAUUUGUCAUCCAAAUUUUAAAAUGUAAUGAUAUUGGAUAUCAGCCAUAAAUAUCAGCCUUGACUCCCUAAAAAUCGGUUGGGGCCCUAAACAAUCCAUAUUGGUCAUUCUCCAACACACACACAGAGACGAACGUCAAGUUGACGAAGGUGAAUAGCUGCCCUGCUCUGACAUCAGUUUCCAUGGAGCUCUAUACUAAAUAAAACCGUUUUUAAAUACC